GUCAUUUAGAAGUGUUUGGAAGGAAAAGUUGAUUUUUCGGGGAGAAAAAAGUGAAAAUGUUGCUUACACUUUAUAUUAUAUUUCUCAUUUUUAAUGGAAUUUAUUUCUUCUUGAAAUGGAAUUACAAUCAUUGGGAAAAGAGGGGAAUUCCAUCCCCAAAACCUGGACUCUUUGUAGGAAAUUUCCCAGGAGCUGUGACGCAGAAGAAUCAUAUUAUAUAUGAAAUGGAAAAAAUCUAUGAGGAAUACAAAGGAAGAUAUUCCUUUGUUGGAAUCUACAAUAUGCGAACACCACAACUAAUGGUAACCGAUGCAGCUAUUGCCAAAGACAUUCUUAUCAACAAGUUCAAGAACUUCCAUGAUAAUGAAUUUUCCGACAUGACUGACAAGGAAAGAGAUCCAAUCUUUGGGCGAAAUCCAUUUAUGCUGAAAGGUGAGGAAUGGAAGCAGAAGCGUGCUGAAAUUACACCUGCAUUUACACAACUUCGAAUCAAGGCAAUGUACCCAGUAAUGGAAGAUGUUUCUGGGCGCAUGAAGAAGUACAUCUUGAAGGAAAAUCACCAAGCAAUUGAAGCUCGUGAGAUGGUAGCAAAAUUCACAACAGAUGUUGUUUCAAAUUGCAUUUUUGGCAUUGAUGCGGGAUCAUUUGCUGGUGAAAAGCCUGCAAUUCGAGAAAUGGGCAGAAGAAUCACUGAAUUCACGCCAAGAAUUAUCCUUUACUUUAUCCUGAUCCAAUUAAUUCCAUCCCUACGACAUGCAUUUAAAGUUAGCUUCUCUGACAAAAUUGCUGAAAAUUUCUUCGUAAACAUCAUGAAGGAUGCCAUUGAAUUACGAAAGAAGAGCAAUAGUGAUCGUGCAGACUACCUCCAUUACCUCCUUGAACUCAAAGAGAAGAAGCACCUCAGUGAUCAUGAUUUAGUGGGGCAUGCUAUAACCUUUUUCAUUGAUGGCUUUGAAACAUCCAGCAUUGUUCUGAGUUUUGCAUUCUACGAACUGGCCAAAUACCCGGAAGUUCAGAAGAAACUACGUGAGGAAAUUCGCGAAACACUCCAAAAGCAUGGAGAAUUAUCCUUUGAGAUUAUUCACGAAAUGCCCUAUCUUGAUAUGGUUGUCUCUGAAACUCUUCGGCUUCAUCCUCCUGGGCCUUUUGUGAGCAAACGUUGUACUGAAACGUGUGAACUACCUAUAGCUGAGAAUCAAAUGAUUACCAUUGAGAAAGGAUGGCCUGUGGUUAUUCCAAUUUACAACAUUCAUCGCGAUGCGAGAUACUUUAAGGAUCCGGAAAAAUUCAUCCCUGAAAGAUUUGCCCCCGAGAAAGGAGGAACAAAAAUUCAUCGUGAAAAGGGAUCGUUUCUUCCAUUUGGAGAUGGUCCUAGAAUAUGUUUAGGCAUGAGAUUUGCUCAAGCUCAACUCAGAACAGCCAUUGUGUCCAUUGUAAAGGAUUUUGAGAUUACAGUGGAUUCAAAAACUGCUGAAAAUAUCGUUCUAAAUCCUUCACAACUCCUUCCAUCCGUUAUCGGAGGACUCUGGUUGCAAUUCAAGGAGAUUAAGUAGAAGUCAAGUUUAAGAAAUGUUAAGAAUUAAGAUUAUGUCGUUAUCGUCCUAUUGUCAAAGUAUUUCUGUUUUUUAAAGCUUAAUGGUAAAAAUAAAAAAAAAACAUCUUUCUGAAAAAUUAA